AUGGUCAAGGGCAUUGAAGGCGCAUUGACACCUGGUCAAAGCGUAUUCCAACAAAGGUCUUUAAAGAGCUGGCGGUUGGAAAACGCCGUUCAACCCCCGCACAGUUUGAUCAUUCAGACAAUGGAUCAGCAGGUAUCAGCACGCGCUCGAUCUCCAGUCGAGUUACAAUCUCUAUCUGUAGAGCUUUUUAUCGUCUUCGUCGCUCUCGCCAAUUCAGGCCCCAACGGUAUAUCCGUCUUCGACGUCACUGAGUACAUGCUAGCCACCCGACAGAGCUACAACCUACUCUUCUCAAUUCCCGCACUCUGGACACAGGUAUACUCCACCCUGUCGAACCCUAACAACGUCGUUGAUCUUCUCACCGGAAUGGGUCGUGCGAUCCGAUAUUCCGGCGAACUCCCCCUUACACUGCGUCUCAAGAUUGACACGGAGAUUACUCGAGAUCACCUCAACAGUAUUACCCGCCAUAUUUUUGUGUCUGGAUCUAAAUGGCAGCAUAUGUACGUGACGUUUCGAGCCCAGUCUCCCGAGUUCUGCGUUCAGAACUGGAUUCCGCAGUUAUGGAAGGUCACAAGAGACGCCAAUCCAACUACGACUCCUUUCACGAAUGUCCGAACUUUGUCUCUAGAUGCUUUGGCCCGGGCAGCCAUUGGCUUCCGUGGACAGCGGGCAAGGUGCGACGUUGGAUCUUGGCCUCUCUGGCAGCUCUUUCCUAAUCUGCGGCGCCUAUUGUUACUGUCCUUGGAUUUUGGAUCAGUUCGUAUGCUGACCACUCAGUUAGCCAUCUCGUCUCUUCAAGAGCUGACCCUUUCGGGAUAUUUCUACGAGUCUGUGCCGUACAUGGUGAGGGAGCUUCUUGCCAACACUCCGCAACUGAAGAUGCUACGCCUUAGCGUGAGGGAGGAAACGAUCUAUCCCGCUUCGGAUUGGACGCUGAAACCUCUUCGACACGCUGCCCUGGAAGAGUUGCAUCUAAUUGGCAACCUGGAUUUCAUCGUACGCCAGUUGAGACCGUUGGAAUGUCCGUCGCUCUCCCGCCUCUGCCUUGGGAACUUCGCGAGAGGCGACGCCAGUGGGAGUAGCAUUGUCGCAGAGGUCUCUGCGAUGGUCACUCGGUCGCUGUGCCAGUUGGAGACUCUCGAGCUGGACUGGUUUGACAUGCCCAGCUACGACAUGGUCCGCCUACUCAUUGGACUCCCUCGACUUAGAAGUGUCAAGCUCUGUUUCAGGGAUAUGCAGCCGAACGACAGUCUUUUCGCAACGCUCUUUCGUAUGUCUGCAGAUGCUUCGUUCUUGCAACAGAUGGACUCUUUCCAGGUUUUGUCGAAUAUGGUCCCCUUUGAAUCCUCCUCCCUCGUCGAAUCAUUCGCCAAAUUCGUUGAAGAUCCUCGGAGGGGCGGUGAUGGUCCCUUUGCUCCUCUUCGCGUGGCAACUUUGAAGCUCGGAAAUAACCUCGUCUAUAGUCUUUCGUAA